CAGUGCGCUGAGCGUCCAAGCGGCGCAGAGUGAGCUCGAGCGUCGCGACGGUUAGCGAAAAUUAUGUUUCGUUUCAUUUCUCUAGUUCGAAAAACGAAAAAAUUAACGUUGAAUGACGGUUGAAAAGAAAAAAAAAAUUCUGUUAUAUUAUCGAAAUUUAAUACCAAAGACGAAAGUAUUUUGUAUUCGUUAAGUCUUCGAGUUGAGAUAUACAAAAUUCGGCUUUUUGUUCCAUCAUUAUUGCCUUCGAUGAUCUGUCAAAUGAAAGAGAAUGAAUCAAUGAACAGAUACGGUCCUCUCGUCGGUGCUAUUGACGAAGGGACGAGUAGCGCUAGAUUUCUUGUUUUUGCUGCGAAUACGGCAGAAGUAUUGACCUACCAUCAAGUGCCGAUAUCUCAAUCUUAUCCCAAAGAAGGAUGGGUGGAACAGGAUCCGAUAGAAAUUUUAAAUGCCGUCAAAGAAUGUCUCAGUCAAACGGUUUACAAUUUGCAACAAUUGACCAUCGACCAUUCGGAUAUUGUUUCUAUCGGAGUCACCAACCAGAGAGAAACCACUGUUGUCUGGGACUCUGUUACUGGAGAACCAUUAUAUAACGCCAUUGUAUGGAUGGAUAUGCGAACAACCUCUAUUGUAGAUGAUAUACUCAAAAAAGUUCGUAAUCAAAAUAAAAACUACCUCAAACCGCUCUGUGGAUUACCAAUAAGUCCUUACUUCAGUGCACUGAAGCUCAAGUGGUUAUUAAACAACGAGCCGAAAGUUCAAAAUGCCAUAGCUAAUAAGAGAUGCAUGUUCGGGACUAUAGACUCCUGGCUCAUCUGGAAUCUUACCGGAGGAAUCAAUGGCGGUGCUCACUGCACAGACGUGACAAAUGCUUCGCGUACAAUGCUUAUGAAUAUAACUACUCUCAAGUGGGAUCCGACAUUGUUGAAAUUUUUCGACAUACCAAUUGAUAUUCUGCCUCGUAUACGAAGCUCCUCCGAAAUUUAUGGACACAUACAUGAUGGGAUGCUUCGAGGGGUCCCUAUCUCAGGAUGUUUGGGUGAUCAGCAGGCUGCUCUUGUCGGUCAAAUGUGUUUACAAAAAGGUCAAGCAAAAAGCACCUAUGGAACCGGAUGUUUUUUACUAUACAAUACGGGGACAGCGAUCGUCGACUCGUCACACGGUUUGUUAACAACGGUAGCUUAUCAAUUGGGAGCAAACAAUCCACCGAUAUACGCUCUGGAAGGCUCCGUAGCGAUAGCCGGAGCGGUUAUGCAAUGGCUCAAAGAAAAUCUCGGUAUGCUUUCGGAUGUGAAAGAGUGCGAGAGCAUCGUUGAGAAAAUUCCAUCCGACAAUCGCGUGACUUUUGUGCCGGCUUUUGCCGGUUUGUAUGCACCAUAUUGGCGAAAAGAUGCGAGAAGCGUUAUUUGUGGAUUAACGGAAGACACAACGAGCGAACACAUAGUGAAAGCAGCACUGCAAGCGAUAUGCUUUCAAACCCGUGAUAUUCUCGAGGCCAUGACGGAAGACACCGGUUUAAUUCUGUCGAAACUGUUAGUCGACGGUGGAAUGACGAAUAACAGUUUAUUAAUGCAGAUGCAAGCUGACAUUUGCGGGAUUCCAGUGGUCAGGCCACUUAUGUGUGAAACGACUGCCCUUGGAGUUGCUAUAGCGGCGGGAAGUGCCGAAGGCAUUAGAAAAUGGGACCUGAGACUGGACGUCCCAGUGCCGAGUGACACUUUUGUUCCCUCCAUUACGGAAAACGAACGAGAUAUUCUAUAUUCGCAAUGGAAAAAGGGGAUUGAAAGAAGCUUGGGAUGGGAAACUUCGGAAGAUAAAAAUGGAAACUCCGUCAAUCUCCACUCCGUCACUGGCCCUGGACUUUUCGUGAUCGGCACAAUAAUAAUACUCUUAAUAGCGAAGAACAGAUCGAUUCUAUGAUCGAGAGAACAAUCAAUCGUCGAAUCUUGUCUCGCGUCAACGCGAACGCGUUUCUUCCAGAGUUUUUUUAAAAAAUGCAUUUAACCGAUUGAAUAAUAAAAACAGAUGAGAAAAAAGCCUCGUGCCUCAUUUCGUGUCAUAUUCGAUCGAAUAAAUUAAAGAAAGAUUUUCUUUUUA